UCCUGAAAACAUUAAUCGCCUUGUGCCCACCCACCAAGAUGGCUCCUUUAUGGGGCAAUACUCGAUGUUUGACGUGAAGUUAUUUACACACCUGGAAUUAAACGUCCAUUGAGACAAGUUGUGGAUGUCUUUCGGUGCACAGUGUGCGUGAAACAGAUCAAGAAAGAGUGCGUGCUCUGUAGCAGUGAAGAAUCGAUCGAGUUCCUGGAGAAAAAAAUUAUACGGGACGGCCGGUUGGUGUAAUACAUAGCUCGCUUGUCGAACAAAAAUCGUACAGAUACACGGUGCCAUUCCAAAGAAUCAUUGCUCACAGUUGUGCUAAAUUAUGAAUGCUGUACUUUAUAGAGAGAGAUAAAGUUUGAAAGUUAUUCGUUUCAAAAUCUGUAUCACUAGUUUUUAGUAAUAUUAAUUUGUCAUUCAUAAAACUACGAUCAUAACAUUUGUAUUAACAAAGCUCAAAUGAAAUUUUGGCAAGUGACAUUUGUUUAUAAUAAUUCAUACAUAAAUUUACAUGUCAUACAAAAGUUUGAGGUAUGAUAUGUCAAUGUUGUGAAGGAAUCAGAAAGAAUAAAAGAGCACAUUGUUGAAAAUGUUACCAAAGGGAGGUAAUAUUGAUUUUCAUAUAAAUUUUUAGACUUGAUAUAAUGACCAAAGGGAGAUAUACUCAUGUUUAAUAAUUGCAAAAAUAAAUGAAUAAGAGAAACUAUUGGUAGUGGUACUUAAAAAUGUCCUGAGUAAAGUUUGACAAAGAAAAGAUUUUUAUUUUCACAUUUAAUUACAUAAGUGAUCUAAUCAAAUUAAGCUUUAAAAAUGGCAAGGAAAAGUGAUAAUAUCAAAACCAUCAAUGUUGCUAUUGUUGGUCUUUCUGGCACUGAGAAAGAUAAAGGACAAGUUGGUGUUGGAAAGUCAUGUCUCUGUAAUCGUUUUAUGCGUUCUUUGAACGAUGAUUAUAAUGUGGACCAUAUAUCAGUGUUAUCACAGUCAGAUUUUAGUGGUCGGGUAGUAAAUAAUGAUCAUUUCUUAUAUUGGGGUGAGGUUACAAAAACAGCAGAGGAUGGAACAGAGUAUCAGUUUCAAGUAAUAGAACAUACAGAGUUUAUAGAUGAUGCAUCAUUUCAACCUUUUAAGGGUGGUAAAAUGGAACCCUAUGCGAAAAGAUGUGCAGCCACAAAAAUUACUAGUGCAGAGAAGCUUAUGUAUAUUUGCAAAAAUCAGUUAGGGAUAGAAAAAGAAUAUGAACAAAAAGUUUUACCAGAUGGUAAAUUAAAUAUUGAUGGUUUUUUGUGUGUAUUUGAUGUAAGCGUUGUACCAAAUAGGUCUAUAGAAAAACAGAUUGAAAUAGUAGCAAAUAUAUUGAACAGUUUAAUGAAAACCAAAAAACCAAUAGUUUUGGUAACAACUAAAAAUGAUGAUGCUAAUGAACAAUAUGUAAAAGAAGCUGAAAAAUUAAUAAUGCGUAAAGAAUAUAAAGGUUCCAUUUUGAUAGUUGAAACAUCUGCACAUGAAAAUAUUAAUAUUGAUUUGGCAUUUAUGAUUUUGGCUCAAUUGAUUGAUAAAACCAAAAUGCGGAGCAAAGUAACACCGUUUGCAGAAGCGGCUAGAGCCAGAAAAGAAUUACUGGAUGCAUCUACAGAAUCUUUACAAAGAUUGAUUCGAGUGCAUGUUACUGACUAUAGAGCACUAUGGUCUCAAGCAUCUAAAAAGCUAGCGCAACAUAAAGAAUUUUCAACAUUUGUGGAAUUGUUUGGUAUCGAUGCAACCCAAAGAUUAUUUAGGAGACAUAUUAAAAAAUUAAAAGAUGAACAAGUGGCAAAAAAGAUUCAGGGAUAUUUAGAUAUGUUACCUGAUAUUCUUCAUGAAAUAUGUCCUGAUGUAACAAAUUUGAUUAAUGAAGAGUGGUCUGCAGUACAACAGUAUAUAAAAGAACAUCCUGAUUUUCAUCAAUAUUUCUAUGAAUGUCCUGAGGAUAUCCCGUGGAUUGAUUGUGAUUUUGGUGAAAACAAUGGAACAAAGAUUCCUUACGAUGUUUUAGAAACACCAGAAGCUGAAACUGUUUUCAAAAAUCAUAUAAAUAUAUUGCAACAAGAACAGCGACGAUUAGAACUUCCUAAAAGAUGGAAAAAGCAAUUUAAGCAAUUGUUGGAAGAAACUGGCUAUGUUACACCAGGAAAGCAUUUGUCUGAAGUUAGAGUUCUUUUUAUGGGCAGAGAAUGCUUUGAAGCUCUUUCGCAUCAUGAUUGUCAAGAAAUAUAUGAUCAACAUCAAAAGGAAAUUAUUGAAAAAGCAAAACAUAAUUUCCAAGAACUAUUAUUAGAACAUGCUGAUUUGUUCUAUCAUUUUAAAAGUAUAGCACCAACUGGUACUAUAACACAAGAUGAUAUUAAAGAAAUAACAGAUGCGUUGGUGGACGAUUUUAGGUAUAAGGCUUUAGAUAGACUAGAUCAAGAUAGAAAAUUAAUGCUUUUUCAACAUUUGGGUUUUGUACAUUGUCCUAUAAGGGAACAUUGUCCAGCUUAUCCAAAUUGCAUGGAUGCACUUAUAGAACGAAUACUUGGAACGAAAGCUCACAGGCCUUCUUCGUGGAAUCAUAGUAGUCAGUGGCAAUUAACAUCUGAUAACAAUCAGUUAAAUUUAGUCAUACUUGGAAGCAGUGGACUUGGCGAAGAAUUUGCUCGUGAAAUAAGAGCACAAACGGAGGAUGACGAAGUAGAAAUUGAUUGUCAGUUAUAUACGCUUGGAUAUCGAAUAAUUGAUGGUGACGUCGGGUUACCACACAAUUCAUUUACCACUUCUGACUUUAUGCCUCACGGGUCAUUCUGUAUUUACGCAGAUGAUUAUUCUUUUGAAUAUAUUCGUUCUUCUUUAGAAAAGACUUUAUUAUCGAAUCUAGAACAGGAAGAUAGGUUACCAUUUCAAGGAUUACCUAUUGUUAUUAUGUUUGUGCCAGAAUCAACUAUAGAUGAAAUGGAAGCAAUACGACUUAGGAAAGAGGGCCAAAAUCUUGCUGAUAGUUUACAGUGUCCAUUUAUUGAUGUCUGUAUAGAGGAUUUAGAGCAAGAUAAAAGGUUUCCUGCUCCGCUUGUGAAAGAUGCAUUGCAACAACUUAUACAAUCUAUAAAUCAUAGAGCUGGUUUUUUAAAUAUUUACCAAAGUGUUAUUGAAUGUUUAGAACCGGAUAUUAGAAUAAUAAUGUGUAUGUUCUGUGGGGAUCCAUAUUCCGUCGAAAAUGUACUCGGUCCUCUACUCAAUCAUCAAUGUUGUUUCCUUAGUGGCGACCGAUCGAUUGUUUUAGAAACAUUUCUAGGAGAGUCGAAACGAAGAGUUGAAGUUAUUAUUUCAAGUUUCCACGGGGCAAAUGCAUUUAGGGACGAGUUAGUACAUGGUUUUAUACUAGUUUAUUCUACAAAAAGGAAAGCCUCACUCGCAACUCUUAAGUACGUAUAUAAUCAUUUUUGUAUGUUUCAAAACUAUUUCAUUUUAAUUCAAUAUUUUUUUCAUAGUGCAUUUUCCAUGAACAUACCAAACUUACCAAUACAAAUAAUGGCUGUGACUGAUACUGGAGGUGCUAAUGCUUUCUUCAGUAAUGACUUAAGUCAUUUACUUAUUACGGAAGGAAAUGCAAUUGCGGAUAAAUUGCAAGCACAUUUUAUGACAUCAGCAUCCAGUUGCCAACAGAAAACGGCAUUUUAUACUCCAUUCUUCAAAGAAGUAUGGGAGAAAAAACCUGAAAUUGAACAAGCAUUUAAUAUGGAAGAACCAGGUAAUCUGAAUGAUAGUGGCGAAGGAACUUUGGAAUACACUGCAUUACAUCCUAUGCCACCACCACGACAUGAAAGUUACCACCUUCAAACACCGGACGAUGGUAUGUCUGUAACUUUCAGAAGUGGUUCUGAAUCAUAUGAGCAAUUAACUCCUGAUGGUGAUCUUGGAGAUACUGGAUUAAAUGAACAGUUUGCCAACAAUAGAGCUACUCCUAGUGAUGACAGUGAUAUUUAUAGCCAAGUAGAAUUUUAUAGAGAAGAAAGAGAGAGGGAUUUGUUAAAACCAGGAGAUAUUACAAACAAAUUAUCUGGUUGGGUAAAAGACACGUUUAUGCAUCAAGAUGGAGUAACUAAUAGUUAUUCUCAUAGAGCUUUCACAACAGGCAGGCGUUAUAUUUCUCAGACAAAACCACGACCGAAAGGAAAUAGUCAAACCUUAAAACAACCUGGCAAAAUAAAUUUAAAAGAUUUUUCAAAUGUAACAGAUGCCAUAGCUAGAAUGACAGUAGGUGAGAAGGAUGAACAUGGUCCUAAAAUAACUAUGGGUCAUGCCCCUCUUGCUACACCCGAAUUGGUAGACUUAGGUUCCGAAUAUGCGCAAGUUAAAGACGUUGUGCCCAGUCUAUAUCCUUCUUAUGAUGGUGAUUAUAUGUACGCUUCAGUACAAGAUUCUGUUGGAAAUAAUAAACCUAAGUUACGUCAUAGACGCGAAAAAGGACAAGCAUAUAGUGACUCUGAUUCUGAGUGGAGUUCUUUAGAGAGACAAAGGGUUGCUGAUGUCUUAGGUAAAGCAAACAAAAAACCACCAUCACACAAAAGGAUACGAAAAAAACGUACUGCUAUACCUGUCGCUGCACCUAAAGUUCCAUCUUUGGCUAGUAUGGGAAGUGGGGAUGGUAUUGUUGGUUUGAAUUAUAAUGUCAAAGAGGAUAAAAAUUGGCGAAUAAACCCUACAGAAAGAGUGUCUAGUGAAACACCAGAUUCUUCCGAAUCUAGUGAUCCAGAGCAUACUUCGAGAUCGAGAGCAAAACAAUAUAAACAUGCUGCUGCUAGUCUACGAAAAAGAUUUGGAAAUUCAUUACCACAGCAACAUUUACCUACAUCAUUACAACACCCCUACAAUGUAAAACAUAUGACUCAAGAAAUGUUUAGUGCUUCCUUAAAGCAGAGGAGUGACAUUAUCUUUGGCAACAUUCCAGAUGAUGAAUCCAGCUUAGAUGUUUCGUCUCCACGAGAAAUUAAUUCUCCCAGUGUCAAAGAUGGCGAUAAAUUGAACAGAAAAAAGGACAAACAAAAAGCGAAAGAAGAUGAAAAGUUAGAAAAGCGUCGCCAAAAAGAAGAAAAGCUUAAAAAACAUGCAGAAAAAGAAAAAGAAAGGGAAAAGAAGAAACAAGAAAAAAUAAAACAAACUAAAGGUGCUAGUUCAGCAUUAAGCAUGAGUCAACCAUUAAUUGAAGAUUUCGCACAAAGUGAAACAAAUCGAAUACCUUUAUUUCUUGAAAAAUGCGUGCAAUUUAUUGAAGACGAAGGAUUAGAUUCUGAAGGUAUAUAUAGGGUUCCUGGAAAUAGAGCGCAUGUUGAACUCCUCUUUCAGAAAUUUGAAGAAGAUGGAAAUGUCGACAUACAUUCAUUGGAUAUACCAGUAAAUGCUGUUGCAACUGCUUUGAAAGAUUUCUUUUCAAAGAGGCUACCACCGUUGAUUGAUAAAGAACGAAUGAGCGAACUCGAGGACAUUUCAGGUGCUCGUGGUAUUAGCAAACCAAUGUCCGCAACAUGUAUGAAUAUGGAAGAUCGAAGCUGCAGAUUGUUGGCAUUGCGUUUGAUGCUCAACAAAUUGAAUCCAAUUAAUUUUGAUGUACUUAAAUUCAUUUUUCAUCAUUUUGUAAAAGUGGCUGAAAAUUGUAAGCUGAAUAGUAUGGAUAGUAAAAACUUGGCAAUCUGUUGGUGGCCUACUUUAUUACCUAUAGAAUUUAAUGAUCUUGGCAGAUUUGAAGCAAUGAGACCAUACCUGGAAGAUGUUGUUCAAACGAUGAUAGAUCAAUAUCCUUUCUUGUUUUGUGGCGAAGAAGCUAUUGUAAUGGUGUAGUGAAAGACUACAUUAUUUCGAAUUGUACAAUUUAAGGUUGUACAAGUAAAACGGGGGAAUAAUUACAUGUCAGUACGGUGUGUAUUAUUUCUGUAAAGUUUAGUCCUUAUGAUCAUGACUAAUGAUUGGUCUCGUUAUGUUUAUAUACCAUGACUUGAUCGUAGUGCACUUGAGCUACGACUAGGAUAAUUUUCGUGACGCGAAGACCGAACAAAUUAAUUUAAGUUUACAUACUCGUUCCAUUGCGAAGUGUGACUGACGGAGUGAUAGAUUAAUGGUCCUAAUAAUGGCUGUUUGCAGGCCCGAUAAUAAUGCGCAUAAUAAAAAGUCAAUCCAUGUGUCAUAACAGUAUGCAUGUAUCAUGUUGGAUGUAUUCAGAGCGAUGUAUUUAUUAACAUGUAUUUAGAUGUAAGUCUCGAUAUUUGAUACUAGCGAAUACUCGUAGUAAGCUCGAUGUUGCUUUUUUAUCCGAUGUAUUUUUUUCUUUUUUCUUUCUGUUUUUAUGUUUUUCUUAUAGAUAAGAGAUCUGUUCAUUGUAUGCAACGUGUAUGCGUGUAUGCGUGAAGAAGAAAGAAAGAGAGAAAAAGAGAGAAAGGAAAAUGACGCAAUCUUAUAAAAAAAUAUUCAUAUUCUAAAACGUGUUAAAGACAUUACUAUAAAAUGUACGAGGUAUGCAAAUUUUCUCUAAUACUACAUGCGCAUUUUUAUAUAGCAAAAAUAUCAAAAGUUUCGAAAUAUGACUACGAGUAACUCAAUUUCUCGAUUAAUUGAAUUAUCGUUUUCAGUCUCGAAAGUGUUUUUCAUUUGCAUUUAAUCGAUAUACAUCUCUUUCUCGAAUCGAUAUUUCAGAAUAUCAGUUAUAUUCAGUUGAUUUAAUAGAGCUACUUAGGCUCGGUGAUACAAUGCAUAAUAUUCAUCCAUUCCGUCUGAGUGAAAAACAAAAACGAACAAAAGAAAAAAAAGAAAAAAAGAAAAAAAGUGAGGAAAAUGAAAAGCGUUACAUGUAUUCGCGAUUUUUUCAAGAUGUGCAGAUUGUAAGGAUAUUGAUAUGGUUUUAAUUAUUAAGAUAAAUCUCGAAGAUUUCCGAAUUUAUAACAAAUCACGGGAAUACUAAAUACUAAGAACAAUACUUAGAAUUUCACAGACAUUUUUUCAAGUUUCAUAAAGCGAACAAGUGUACAUAAGAUUAUAAGAUUGUAAGCUACGAAAAGUUUAUAACAAGAAUAUCACGAAGAUCGACCUAUCGAUACUUUCGAGAUAAUUCAGUGGUCGCCAUGACACAAAUCGCUUCUAUCCUUUUUUACGCGAUUGCAUGUUAUAUUUGAAGAAAAAGUAACUGAAUAAUAGACGAAGGUUCGUGUUUUUAAUCGCAUAUUGUAUUUUGUAUAUCAGCUUUCAUCUGUAUUUAUAAAAAAAGUAUUUAUCAACGUUUCUUUUUAUUUCUCGAACAGCUUUAGCAUACCGUGGUCACGGAACAUGCAACCGAUCGUCAAACUGUUCAACCAUUUUUGCUCUAGUACCUGCUGCGUUGUCCCGAACUACGUAACAAUUCUCAUUUGGUAAAAAAAAAUCAUUGUUUCAAAUUAAUACAUUUCUGAUAACUUUUAUGUAUUUCCAUGUAUAAAAAGUUCUGACGAUCGUCGUUAACUGUACUGAAGAUGAAAUGAAAUUCAAUACUAUUGAACGCAUCAACAGAUCAAACGACUGAGCCAUUAGAACUGUGAUGUAGUUACUUGUUUUUAAUAAUGUAUAAUAGUAACUGUGUCGAGAAAGAUAAAAAGGAUUGUUCCAUGACGCUUAACGUGAUAGAUGCGUUCUUUGUUGAGACGAAGCUAUUGUUUCACGAUCAGUGUAUGUUAGCAGUUAGUUGAUUUUUCCAGCGUGUAAAACCUCUUCGUCUAUUAAUGCGGAAUGUGGUCCGAUUCAAAGUCCGUUCAAAUAGCGACGAAUUCACACGUGGGUGUGCCAUAUCGUGUGUAGUUGUCAUGAUGGUAAUGUAACCGUAUAUCUUUCGGGGAUGGAAUGUUCGGAGGUGAGGAUGAUCAAGUACAUCAACCGACGAUUGAUCAGUAAUGGAACCACUGUGUUUCUUUCUUGUUUUAUUUUAUUCGAUAAUCCGAAAUGUAACAAGAAACAUUCCCGCGAGUAACAAUUGAGGUUACUUCCGGUUUUGUCGAGCGCGAAUUCGACGAGGUUCAUGUUCCUUCGGCAAAUGAAUACGUUGCGCGUAAACGAAUCGAGGAGGAAGAAGAAGAAAGAAAGAAAGAAAGAAAGAAAGAAAGAAAGAAAGAAAGAAAGAAAGAAAGAAAUGAUUUUCGAACAAGAUCGUUCGAUCUCGACGAGUUCGUCCUCGAUAAAUUUUGCACUGUCGUAUUUAUAAGAAAAAUCGUUGUAACGAUAUUUCGAUGAUCUAACGAGCGCCGCGAGGAUGCUUAGCGACAAGCAACGGAUCGUACAUUCCCGUAUUAGUCGUAACAUGAAACAAAAAAAAACAGAAUUUUAUACAUUCGUACGUACAUAAUUGUAUAAUGUUAUUAAUAGGAACAGAGACGUCGAUGUUACGUGUGAGAUCUGGGAUAUGGAUCAAAUGCUGUCUGAAAUAAUAAUGACAUGAUUUCUGUCAUUGUCGCUGAA